AUGGAGUUAGAACGAUGGGACAUAUCACCUGUGCACAAAGGAGUGAUGCGUGGAGGAGCCACGACCUCCCGCUCUAGACAUGGAAGGAUAAUAGAAGGUCAGUGCCAAUUGGGAAAAGAUGGCUCCUCGCGUUACCGAGCUCAGCAGUCCAUGAGAGUGCUUCAGCUUGAGAAUAACCGAGUCCAAUCACUCGAGUUAAGGUUUGAUAAAAGGAAAAUAACCAUGGGGGAUCUAAGCGGUGCUGAUGGAGUGCGUGGCAGAAGGAAGUCAUCAUCCAGAGAACACCGUAAAUUCGUGGGAGUUAGGCAGAGACCAUCAGAGGGAUGGGUGGCUGAGAUUAUGGACUCUUUGCAAAAGGCCAGGCUUUGGCUUGGAACUUUUAAUACUGCCGAGGAUGCAGCUCGAGCUUAA